CCCCCACCUCCUCCUCCAUCCUCCUCCUCCAGCAGCACAUUGUUCUACCGGCAGCAGCUUCAUCCUGUUACUGUGGACCAGGACAGCAGACAGGCAGAGAGACAGACGGACAGAGAGACAGAGAGACAGGCAGACAGCCAGAGAGAGAGACAGGCUGUAAGUGUCUCUCUGUGAAGCAGCACUGAGCAGGGCGGCGACUGAUGGAUCCACCGGCUGCUAUAUGAACGGAGACAAAGACAAUCAGACGUUAGGACAGACGUGAGGACAGACGGGAGGACAGACGUGAGGACAGACGUGAGGACAGACGUGAGGACAGAUGGGAGGACAGGAAGACAGACGGGUGUCCAGGCAGACAGACAGGUGGGCGAUAUGAGCGGAGGAAUGCGUCUGUGGAGCAGCAGGCAGCCCAGGUAGCCAGCGCUGAGGUGAGGCAGCUUGUGAUUGGUGGUUACCAUGGCACCCAGGCCGUCCUCAGGGGAAUUAUGGGGUCUCCAUCUGAUGCCUCCUCGGAUCCUGGUGGAUUGUUGCCUCCCCAAUGGGAUGAUGGUGAGUCUGGAGUGUCUCAGGGAAACUCCCCUCAUCAGCAUCAAGCAGCAGCUCUUCACUGAGGCCAGGAAGUAUCCUCUGUACCACCUGCUGCAGGAGGAGUCGUGCUACAUCUUUGUGGGUGUGACCCAGGAGGCAGAGAGGGAGGAGUUCUAUGAUGAGACCCGGCGCCUGUGCGACCUGCGACUGUUCCACCCCAUCCUGAAGGUCAUUGAGCCGCUGGGCAACCGGGAGGAGAAGAUCCUAAACCGGGAGAUCGGCUUCGCCAUUGGGAUGCCGGUCUGUGAGUUUGAGAUGAUGAAGGACCCAGAGAUCCAGGACUUCAGGCGGUCCAUACUGAGCGUGUGCAGAGAGGCCAUGGAGGAGAGGGAGGGGGGUGGGGCCCACAGCCAGGCGCUCUACGUUUACCCCCCCAACGUCGAGUCCUGCCCCCAACUGCCCCAGCACAUCUACAGCAAGCUGGACAAAGGCAGGCUGAUAGUGACCAUCUGGGUGAUCGUGUCUCCGUCUAACUCCAAACAGAAAUACACUCUGAAGGUGAGUCACGACAGUUUACCUGAGCAGCUGAUCGCUGAGUCCAUCAGGAAGAAGAGCCGAUCGAUGCACCUUUCACCUCAGCAGCUCCGCCUCUGUGUGCAGGAGUACCAGGGCCAGUACAUCCUGAAGGUGUGUGGCUGUGAUGAAUACCUGUUGGAGAAGUUUCCUCUCAGUCAGUACAAGUACAUCCGGUCCUGCAUCAUCGUGGGACGUCUUCCUCACCUGAUGCUCGUGUCCAAAGACAGUCUGUACUCCCAGCUCCCGGCCUCGGGCUUCGUCACGCCGUCCUACAGCCGUCGGACGCCUCAGCCGUCCCCCUGUCCAGGAGGAGGAGACGGAAGUCCUCCUCGAUCCCUGUGGGCCUUCAACACUCUGCUGAGGGUCCGACUGCUGUGUGCCACCUACGUCAACGUCAACAUUCGGGACAUCGACAAGAUCUAUGUGAGGACGGGGAUCUAUCAUGGAGGAGAACCACUCUGUGACAACGUCAACACCCAGAGAGUCCCCUGCUCGAACCCCAGGUGGAAUGAGUGGCUGACCUAUGACAUCUACCUGGCAGACCUCCCUCGUUCAGCCAGACUCUGUCUGUCUAUCUGCUCUGUGAAGGGAAGGAAAGGAGCCAAGGAGGAACACUGUCCUCUGGCCUGGGGGAACGUCAACCUGUUUGAUUAUAAGGACAUCCUGGUGUGUGGUAAGGUAGCUCUCAGUCUAUGGCCCGUCCCUCAUGGUCUGGAGGACCUGCUCAACCCCAUUGGAGUCGCUGGUUCAAAUCCCAACAAGGAGACUCCGUGUGUGGAGCUGGAGUUCUCCUGGUUCAACCAGACUGUGGUGUUUCCUGAUGAGCAGCAGAUAGAAGAACAUGCUAACUGGACCAUCAGCAGAGAGCUGGGCUACAACUACUGUCAUGGACUGAGCAGUCGUCUGGCCUGUGACAGCAGUGUUUCAGCAGCAGAUGCAGAGCAGCUUCGUUCUCUUUGCUCCAGAGAUCCUCUCUAUGAGCUGUCAGAGCAGGAGAAGGACUUCCUCUGGAGACACAGACAUUACUGUGUAAACAUCCCAGAAUCUCUUCCUAAGCUGCUUCUGUCUGUCAAAUGGAACUCCAGAGACGAAGUAUCCCAGAUGUACUGCUUGCUGAAGGAGUGGCCUCUGAUGGAACCUGAAUCUGCUCUGGAGCUUCUGGACUGUAACUUUCCUGAUCCGAUGGUCAGAGAGUUCGCUCUGCGCUGCCUGGUGCAGGGUCUGACGGACGACAAGCUGUCGCAGUACCUGCUGCAGCUGGUUCAGGUGUUGAAGUAUGAGAUGUACCUGGACAAUCCUCUGGCUCGCUUCCUCAUCAAGAAGGCUCUGACCAAUCAGAGGAUCGGACACUUCUUCUUCUGGCACCUAAAGUUCUGUUGUCACAGGUCAGAGAUGCACAACAAAACUGUUUCUAGACGGUUUGGUCUGCUGCUGGAAGCUUUCUGCAGAGCCUGUGGCAUGUACCUGAAACACCUGAACAGACAGGUGGAGGCGAUGGAUAAACUGGUGAAUCUGACCGACACACUGAAGCAGGAGAAGAAGGAUGAGACCCAGAAGACCCAGAUGAAGUUCCUGGUGGAACACAUGUCUCGUCCAGACUACAUGGAGGCUCUGCAGGGCUUCGUGUCUCCUCUGAACCCAGUCCACCAGCUGGGGAACCUCAGGCUGGAGGAGUGCAGGAUCAUGUCGUCAGCAAAGCGCCCCCUGUGGCUGAACUGGGAAAACCCCGACAUCAUGUCUGAGCUGCUCUUCACCAACAAUGAGAUCAUCUUCAAGAACGGAGACGACCUGCGUCAGGACAUGCUGACGCUGCAGAUCAUUAAGAUCAUGGAGAACAUCUGGCAGAACCAGGGUUUGGACCUGCGCAUGCUGCCGUACGGCUGUCUGUCCAUAGGAGACUGUGUGGGUCUGAUCGAGGUGGUGAAGAACAGCUUCACUAUUAUGCAGAUUCAGUGUAAAGGAGGCCUGAAGGGGGCGCUGCAGUUCAACUCUAACACUCUGCACCACUGGAUCAAAGACAAGAACCGCGGGGAAGCGUAUGACCGGGCCAUAGACCUGUUCACCAGGUCUUGUGCAGGUUACUGUGUCGCCACCUUCAUCCUGGGAAUUGGUGACCGUCACAACUCCAACAUCAUGGUGAAGGAAAACGGACAGCUGUUCCACAUCGACUUUGGUCACUUCCUGGAUCACAAGAAGAAGAAGUUUGGCUAUAAGAGGGAACGUGUCCCCUUCGUCCUCACGCAGGACUUCCUCAUCGUCAUCAGCAAAGGAGUCCAGGAGUCCACCAAGACCAAGGAGUUUGAAAGGUUCCAGGAGAUGUGCUAUAAGGCCUACCUGGCCAUCCGGCAGCAUGCCAGCCUCUUCAUCAACCUGUUCUCCCUCCUGUUGGGAUGUGGGAUGCCAGAACUGCAGAGCUUUGAUGACAUUGCGUACCUGAGGAAGACCCUCGCCCUGGAGAAGAGCCAGCAGGAGGCGCUGGAGUACUUCACCAAGCAGAUGAACGAUGCUCACCAUGGAGGCUGGAGCACCAAGAUGGACUGGAUCUUCCACACCAUCAGACACAUGCCCAACGAGCACUGACAUCCUCCAGAUCCACGGAGAACAACUCUGGACUGGCACAGUAAUCAGAUCACUGCAGUCAUACUCAGUGAUCUUCUACCAGUGUGUGAUCUUCUCCUGCUGGACUAUUCCUCCUCUUCAUCUAGAAAUGUCUUCAACACCUCCUGACCUCAUGCAGCCCCAGAUCAUCAUACCGCCACCUCCAUGCUUCACUGUCAGGACUAUGAUCCACUGUGGUAGUCCUGGUCAGUGGAGACAAAAGAAGAACCACAAAGAGACACGAAACUACCACAGACACAAAACAACCAUAAAGAGACACAAAACGACCACAAAAAGACACAAAACAACCACAAAAAGACACAAGACGACCACAAUGAGACACAAGACGACCACAGAGACACAAGACGACCACAAAGAGACACAAAACAACCACAAAGAGACACAAAACAACCACAAAAAGACAAAAAACAACCACAAAAAGACACAAGACAACCACAAAGAGACACAAAACAACCACAAAAAGACAAAAAACAACCACAAAAAGACACAAGACAACCACAAAAAGACACAAACUGCUCUCCACUGUGGUCCUGGUCAGGUUCUUGCCAACAUCUGGACUCCAUCUGAACCAGAAGUGUUUGUUUUCUCUGCUGUUCUGCUUAAAGUAAUCUGAUUACUGUGGGGGAUCCAGUCAGCUGGUAUUGUGUGUGUGUGUGUGUGUGUGUGUGUGUGUGUGUGUGUGUGUGUGUGUAUAAAUCACAUCUCUCUUCUGUACAUAGCACACGUAUUUAUCAUGGAACACACACCUGUAGCACACGUGUGUCCGUUUACUGCACUAACUGAGGACGACGAAGACGAUGAAGACGAUGAUGUUGUCUGAUGUCACGGGUUUCAGCCUCACGUCGUCGUGUCGGUGGGACGGUUGUCAUAGUAACGUGAAUCUCAGGGUGGUGGUGAACGUCUUCCAGUUAGCAUGUUAGCUCUGCCAAACUUUAUAAGCUUUAUUGAAACCAGCAACAUGAACACUGGGUCACUGUGAGAGCAAUAAAACCUCCAAUCACUGAUCAGUACCUUUUGACAAUCAGGAGCUCUGACCAAUGGGAGGGCAGGGCUGUGGGCGGAGUCAUCAGCGACCAAUCAGCUUUCUAAUGUGAACAAAUAAUUCUCAACAUUUACGUGUUUAUGAUCUGCUAACAGAGACUUUUCAGCAGGUUUUUAAACCAUAUUUUAAACUGUUACAGUAAAAGUUCUUCCUGUGAAAUGAUUCUUCAAAUAUUUGCACCUUUCAUUCGUCCCUCAGUGUUUCUGAAUAUUUAAAGUCUUUCUGAAUAUUUAAAGUGUUUCUGAACAUUUAAAGUGUUUCUGACACUAACAGACGCCGUCCACAGCUGCUAUCCAGUCAGCUCCAGGCUAGUUCUGAAGUAUUUCUGAGUGUUUUUGGAGUAUUUCUGAGUAUUUUUGGAGUAUUUUUGAGUGUUUCAGGGAGAGCUGAUUUCCUCUGAACUGACAUAUCAUCAGGUGUAUCAGGGAUCAAAGACAAUCUGAACCAAUCAGCUGCUCGCUCAGUCACUGGGUCCAAUGCUAAGCUAAUUAGCACUGUUAGUCUGUUAGCUCCGUCACUGUGUCUAAUGCUCAGCUAAUUAGCAGUGUUAGUCUGGUCGCUGAGCCAAUGUGUCCAAUGCACUAUGCUAAGCUAGUCAGCACUGUUAGCCUGGUAGCGCAGUCACUGUGUCUAAUGCUAAGCUAAUUGGCAGUGUUAGUCUGGUAGCUGAGCCAAUGUGUCUAAUGCACUAUGCUAAGCUAGUAGGCACCGUUAGCCUGUUAGCUCAGUCACUGUGUCUAAGACAUUAUGCUAAGCUAGUCAGCACCGUUAGCAUGUUAGCUCAGACACUGUGUCUAAUACACUAUGCUAAGCUAGUUAGCACUGUUAGCCUGUUAGCUCAGUCACUGUGUCUAAUGCACAACGCUAAGCUAGUUACCACUAUUAGCCUGUUUGCUCAGUCACUAUGCUAAGUUAGUUAGCACCAUUAGCCUAUUAGCUGGGCUGCGGCUCCAUAGUUAAUACUGAGCUCAGCUGCUGCACUGGAACAAGGAAUUCUGGGUAGCGUUAGUUAGCAUAGUGUAGCAUCAGUAGAAGCCCCGCCCCUCCUGCCUCAUUGGCUGCUAUUCUCAAUGGGCAGGGCUAGACACUGACAGGGUGAUGACGCCCAGUUUUAAUGUGAAGGUGUGUUUGUUCCUGCUCAGGUAGUCAGGCUAAGCCCCGCCCACACCUGUCAGUAACCAUGACUACCGGUCGGGCGGCACAGACCCGCCCCCUGCUGCAUGCUGAUCAUUCAAUGGUUCAUGACAUUAUGACCAUGCUGGUUGCCAUAGUGACUGUGUUUCGCUGUGAUCGGUGUUAUUGAUUGUUUGCUGAACUGAUGUAUUGAUGAUUGAUCGGUGUCUUUACAGCCUGAUCACUAUUGAUUACUGAUCAUUAUUGAUUUCUGGCAAGUAUUGAUGAUCAAUCGGUGUUUUUACAGCCUGAUAACUAUUGAUGAUUGAUCAGUGUAUUUACAGCUUGAUCACUUUCUUCAUGUUGACUAUUGAUUUCUGAUAACUAUUGAUGAUUGAUCUGUGUAUUUACAGUCUGAUCACUUUCUUCAUGUUGACUAUUGAUUUCUGAUAACUAUUGAUUGUUUGAACCAAUCCUCCCGCUGUGGGGGCGGAGUCACGCUGCAGGUGUAGCAGCACCUGUUGGUCUGUGAGUGUUGUCAUGGAAAUAAAGGCUGGACAGCU